CGUGUAUCUUUAUUCCUUCCUCAUUCCCGAAACACAGAGAGGAUACACACGGUUGUUCCCGAAAGCAAGAAAAUCUGGAGAGACAGCGAGAGAUGGAGAUGGUAGAAGCAGACAGCUCUACAGCAAAAUUAUACAGUCUGAAUCCAAAUCGAAUAAGCAACGAAGACAUUUUGUUUUGCAUAGACAUCGGCCCAGAAUCUCUUGUGGAAAUGAAAUCCACAGGACCCGGUGGUAAACCCCUCACUAGACUGGACUCAAUCAAGCAAGCUAUUCUUGUCUUUAUCAACGCCAAGCUCUCUAUCAACCCUGAUCACCGCUUCGCUUUUGCCACUCUCGCCAAAACCGCUUCUUGGCUGCGGAAAGAGUUCAGCAGUGAUGUCGAGUCUGCAGCUGCUGCUCUCAGGGGGCUCUCGGCGGCUUCAGCUUCAUCUUCUGGUCCACCAGACCUUACUCAAUUAUUUCGUGUAGCAGCUCAUGAAGCAAAGAAAUCCUAUGCACAAAAUCGGAUAUUGAGAGUGAUUCUGAUAUACUGCAGAUCAUGUGUACAACCUCAACAUCAAUGGCCUGUUAGCCAGAAACUCUUCACAUUGGAUGUGAUGUACCUCCAUGACAAGCCUGGACCUGACAACUGCCCCCAGGAGGUUUAUGAUGCACUUGUUGAUACUCUCGAACAUGUUUCCCAGUAUGAGGGUUACAUUCAUGAGACUGGGCAGGGGGUGCGAAUCCUCCUCCGUUACAUGUCAGUGCUAUUGUCACACCCUCAGCAGCGUUGCACACAAGACAUGAUGGACUUGCCCAAGUCUCUUACAAAGAGAUCACCUACAUGUGAUCCAGCUAAUGGUGAAGAAGGUGCUCCUAUAUCCAGCCAGUGAAGACCAUGAACAAUUGGAGUAUUUGGUACUUACUUGUAGGCUGUGGGGUUUUCACUGUAAGUUAUGCGAGCCUCCAGUUAAAUAUAAUCUGUAGCCUAUCUUCUGAGCUUCCUUCAUAUGUACAAGCUGUGAAUUUCGCUUCAUGCGAUUUCAAAUGAAUCAUUGGAAAUGCGUCCUGAGUGUUA